AUGGCGAUCGGACAUAGAAGGGAAACUAGAGGAACCGCACCCAAGAGUGGCGCAUACCGCAAGCGGCACUCUAUAUCGAUCCAAGGUCACCGCACCCGACUCCUGCUCCUGUCUUCUCUCAGGCGGCAAAGGAUACACUCUGGAGGAUGGACUCACCCGGAUAUUGAAGUUGUCGUUUCUGACGAGACAGAUCAAGCAGAUGUGAACGGACAAUUUAUGCAGACAAUUGAAUUCGGCGAUCCGCCUACACAACAAAGACAGACGAGACGAAAUGGAUGUUGUGAAUCAUCGUCCUUGGAUUUUGGUGGCCACUUCAAUUUUUCCCGAUCCUUUUGUGUCCUGUCUGACAAAAGAGCUACUCCUGUUUGGCGCCUUCUCAUCCACUCCAGAGGAGCUAAUGAAGGAGACAUCUUACCGGAUUCGAACUCGGUUAGAUCAGUCGUUGUCGGAUUUAAAGAAAGCGAAGAGGAAGGAAGGGAAGAGAGGUUUAAAGAGCAGAAGCAGCAGCGAAGACGGAGAGGACCAAGGGCAGGCCUUGAGCGAGGUUCUCCACCCCAGACUGGAAUGCCUCAAUACAAUGGAUAUCGCUGGAACACACACAAGAUCGCCGACUCGGAAAAAACCCUUACGCCACGACCGGACCCAUACAAAUGGCGCCAUGACCUUGCUGUAGAACAGUCAAUAAUCCCGCGCGCGGGAAGGCCUUGGGUUUUGGCGGGAGAACGAAGAGGGCGGGAGUAG